CGCCUCUACCCGCAGAUCGGGCCGGGCGGGGCUGCAGAGCGGGGUUUCCUUCGAGUCAGGGCAGGGUUAGGUCCUGGGCUGGCGGCCUGGGGCAGGGGAUCCCGGCGCACUGCAGGCGGCGGCUCGUCUGGGCCGCGGAGCUGGGUCCUGGCACCAGGGGCGCGGGCGGGCAGUGGGGGCCCUUCCCGGGGUCGCCUACUACCCGUAACUCACCAGGACCCUCUUGCCCCUAGCAGACCUAGCAGACCCCGCCUCUGGCCGCCAACCACGACCAUGGUCUCCAAGUCCGACCAACUGCUCAUCGUCGUGUCCAUCCUAGAAGGUCGCCAUUUCCCUAAACGUCCAAAGCAUAUGCUUGUAGUAGAAGCAAAGUUUGAUGGAGAACAGUUGGCUACUGAUCCUGUGGACCAUACUGACCAGCCAGAAUUUGCCACUGAGUUAGCAUGGGAAAUUGAUAGGAAAGUUCUUCAUCAACACAGGCUACAGCGUACGCCUAUCAAACUCCAGUGUUUUGCCCUGGAUCCUUUAUCUUCAGCCAAGGAAACUAUAGGUUAUAUUGUUCUGGACUUAAGAACUGCUCAAGAAACAAAGCAGGCACCGAAAUGGUACCAGUUACUGAGUAAUAAAUACACCAAGUUCAAGUCUGAGAUACAGAUAAGCAUUGCUUUGGAAACCGAUACAAAGGCACCAGUGGAUAGUUUUAAAGCAAAGGGAGCCCCACCUCGAUAUGGAAAAGUACCUCCCAGCGUGUCUGGACUUGACCCGAAGGAUAUUGUAGCUGUGCUGAAUGAAGAGGGAGGGUACCAUCAGAUUGGACCAGCAGAGUAUUGUACUGACUCCUUCAUUAUGUCAGUGACCAUAGCGUUUGCCACCCAGUUGGAGCAGUUAAUUCCAUGUACCAUGAAACUUCCAGAAAGACAGCCUGAGUUUUUCUUUUACUAUUCUUUACUGGGAAAUGAUGUUACAAAUGAACCCUUCAACGAUUUGAUCAACCCAAACUUUGAGCCAGAGAGAGCAUCUGUUCGAAUACGUAGCAGUAUAGAAAUACUUCGUGUUUAUCUGGCUCUUCAGUCUAAAUUACAGAUCCAUCUCUGCUGUGGAGACCAGUCACUUGGAAGUACAGAAAUACCUUUAAAUGGACUACUGAAAAAAGGCAGUACAGAAAUCAACCAGCACCCAGUUACAAUUGAGGGUGCUUUUACCCUUGACCCUCCAAACAGAGCCAAACAAAAACUGGCACCUAUUCCUCUGGAGCUAGCCCCAACUGUGGGAGUAUCUGUGGCUCUGCAAAGAGAAGGCAUCGAUUCCCAGUCUUUAAUUGAAUUAAAGACCCAGAGUGGACAUGAAUCAGAGCAUUCAAAGAAGAGAGCUUUAACCCCUAUAAAGGAGAACACAGUUACUGGGCCAAAAUCACCACGUGGAUCCCCUGUUCCACCUCAUAACCAGACCCCUCCAACCAAAGAUGAUGCAACAGAAAGUGAAGUGGAAAGCUUACAAUAUGAUAAAGAUACAAAACCACAUCUGAAGAGCAUUAGUUCUUCUGUACCUGCUCCACUGACACAGCCAGUGGCUAUAUCCAAUAUUUCAGAAACAGCUUCGGGACAGAAGAUUGCUGUUCCAGCAACAUCACAUCAUUUUUGCUUUUCAAUAGACUUAAGAAGUAUCCAUGGCUUGGAAACUGGUUUCCCAAUCAACUGCAUAUUAAGGUAUUCAUACCCUUUCUUUGGAAGUGCAGCUCCUAUUAUGACUAACCCUCCUAUAGAAGUUCGGAAAAACAUGGAAGUUUUUCUUCCCCAGUCUUAUUGUGCGUUUGAUUUUGCAACUAUGCCUUACCAGCUGCAAGAUACCUUCUUAAGGAUUCCAUUACUGGUUGAAUUAUGGCACAAGGAUAAAAUGAGUAAAGAUUUACUCCUGGGAAUCGCGAGAAUCCAGCUUUCUAACAUCUUGUCUUCAGAAAAAACGCGUUUUUUAGGUUCUAAUGGUGAACAGUGUUGGCGUCAAACUUACAGUGAAACUGUGCCUAUUAUAGCAGCACAAGGAUCAAAUAAUAGAAUAGUAGAUCUAUCUUACACAGUGACUCUAGAAGAUUAUGGACUAGUAAAAAUGCGUGAAAUUUUUGUCUCUGAUUCAUCUCAGGGAUUACCUGCUGUACAACAGAAGCCAUCUUCUCUUCCUCCAGCACCUUGUAAUUCAGAGAUCCAGACAGAACCACGUGAAACCUUAGAAUACAAAGCAGCACUUGAGCUAGAAAUGUGGAAGGAGAUGCAGGAAGACAUUUUUGAAAACCAGCUGAAGCAGAAAGAACUGGCUCAUAUGCAGGCUCUUGCAGAAGAAUGGAAAGUAAGGGACCGAGAAAGAGAAUCACUAGUAAAAAAAAAGGUGGCUGAAUAUAGUAUUUUAGAAGGAAAACUUCAGAAAACCCUGAUUGACUUAGAAAAGCGAGAACAACAGCUUGCCAGUGCAGAAUCAGAGCUUCAAAGAGAGAAAAAGGAACUGCAAUCAGAACGUGAACGGAACCUGCAAGAACUUCAGGACUGUAUCCGUAGGGCCAAAGAAGACUGCAUUCACCAAGUAGAGCUGGAAAGGUUAAAAGUCAAGCAGCUAGAAGAAGAUAAGCGCCGACUUCAGCAACAGCUUAAUGAUGCUGAAAAUAAGUAUAAGGUUUUGGAGAAAGAGUUUCAACAGUUCAAAGAUCAGCAAAGCAACAAACCAGAAAUCCAUCUACAGUCUGAAAUAAACCUUCUUACCUUGGAAAAGGUUGAACUUGAAAGAAAGUUGGAAUCUGCAACCAAGUCUAAACUGCAUUACAAGCAGCAGUGGGGACGAGCUUUGAAAGAACUUGCCAGACUUAAACAGAGAGAACAAGAAAGUCAAAUGGCUCGUCUUAAAAAACAGCAAGAGGAAUUGGAACAGAUGAGACUGCGGUACCUGGCUGCUGAGGAAAAAGAUACAGUAAAAACUGAACGACAAGAAUUGUUGGAUAUAAGAAAUGAAUUGAACAGGUUAAGGCAACAAGAACAAAAACAGCAGGAUUCCAGAGAGAUUGCAAGUGGAAAAAUGGAUGGUUCACAUGGUCCUGUGCUGGAAGAAGGUUUGGAUGAUUAUUUGACUCGACUAAUAGAAGAAAGGGAUACUUUGAUGAGAACGGGUGUGUAUAAUCAUGAAGAUCGAAUAAUCAGUGAACUCGACCGACAGAUCAGAGAGGUUCUGGCUAAAAACAAUGGCAGUAAUUAAUAACAUUUGGAAAAUCUUUAUAGAGACUCUGGGUCUAAAUUUUAAUUUCAUUGUAAAGCCCUCAAAAGUGGGGAAAAUGGGUAUUUUAAAAUGCUAUUUUCAAUUUUUAUAAGCAUAAUUUUGUAUGUUACUGUAUAGUAUUUAUUUGGUUGAACUUACUUUAUGCUACCUCUCCCAUACCAGUUUUAUUUAUAAUUGCAUUUUAUAUAGUCAUUUUAAAUGACUUUUCAGUGUUUCUCAGUUUAUAAUCUGAUGACUAACUUUCAAAACAGCUUUUCACUAAGUUUGUUCUUGGAGAAAUGACUGCAGUAAUUUCCAGUUAUAUAAUUUUUCAUGAUGCGCCAAAAGAGUAUACAUUGCACUUUAAAAAUGCUGUGUCCUGUUCCAUUUCAAUGUAGAUAUCUUAAAAGUUGAGGCAAUUGUAAAUGUAGCUGGGUUUAUUUAACUCAUUUUAGAUGACCAUUUUCUCUUAACUUGUAAUAUUUGCAGAUGACAAAUUUGAAAACAAGCAGUAUCAAUGCAGAGAAGCCAUGUAUCUUACUGGGUGACCUUAUUCAUUUGUUUAAAUACAGUUAAUACAGAUUAAACUUGCUUGAUGAACUAUAGAAUUUUCAACUUUCAGUGUAUUCAACAUUUAAGAACAUGAAUAGCUUAAAAUGAUCUUCUCUGUCAGUCUCCUACUCAAGAAUGCACUAUUUUCUUUUGUUAGAGAUUUCUUUUUAUUUUCCAGUGAUAGAAAUAUGAGCUUUUAAACCUUCUGUAGUAGAAUAUGGAAACAGACACAAAAGAAUUUAGCUUUAAAACCGUGAAACUAAACUAUUUUUUACUCCCUCUAAUUUUAAUCAGUUUUUCAAAAGCACAUGAAAUUAGGUCAUUGGAUUUAUGUAGUGUCAUGUCUGUAUAAAUUUUUAAGAGUUCCUUUGCAUCAUAUUCUUCAGAGCCAACAUUUAUUCUCAAAGGAACACUGUCCACUUCUUUUUACACAGUACUGAAGAAAAUUUGCUAGCAAAUUCACAGAUUAGGUUGGGUCUUACAAUAAGUAGUUUAAAUAUUCUAAUUACCAAAUAAUAAAUACAUACUUUAGGAAGUACAUGACAUUUACCAAUAUUCAAUAGAAGCAGAAUCAGCAAUUUGAUACCAUUAAACUAAUUUUCUGUUGUUUUCAACAAAGUACAUUUCUUGUUUGGGAAACUAGAGUCCCUGUGCAUAUUAGAUUUUUUUUCCCUUUAUAAGCAGUGUAUCAAUAUUCUAAAAACAACCCAGCAAUAAAUAACAGAAAAAAGUUACUGAAUGAGAGGAGAAUGAAUCAAUUAAUCAUAGCAGGAAUUUGAAAUUUAAUUAUGGUUAGAUAUUUUCUCUCAUUGAUUUUUGGGCCACAUGAAUGGAACAAAAAAAUAUUUUUUGUUUUGAAAGGUCUCAGUAAAAUCCUGUUGACUAUUUACCCUUCACUUAUAUCGUGUGAUGCUUGUAACUUUUCAAACACUAGAGGGGGCCUUAGAUUUAAAGAAACAAAAAGGACUUUUCUAAAGUGUAAGUGUGGUUUAUUUUGCCUUCUGUAAAGCCAUCUUUUGGCUAUUGUAAUUUAACAAAUAAAAUCAUAAUUGUAUGCA